AUAGGAUCGAAAGUAAACUAUUCCAGUAUUAUGAAUAACGAGGUGUGUUUGUCUUUGUAUUUGAAAAGUAUUGUAUAAUGUGUUUUUCCAUAGGCUAUUACAAUAGAAGCCUCUCUUAAUAUGUAGCUCCCGGGCAUGAUAUUCUAGCUUUGCGGUGGUUUGUUUAAGCUUUUAUCGUAGGAGAUUUGUUUUCUCAUUAGAACAGUAGUGAAUGCCGUGGAAUCCCGUGUUACCUCAGGUGUAUGGAAAGUGAAAUAGCUGCCUCCUAUAAAUGAGGUGCUGCAGGUCUGCUGCAACACAACACACAAGAGAAAUCAGUAUUUGCUCCUUCCAAAGGCAAAUUCUACCUUCUAAAAAUGCUCAACAGGAUUUUCUCUGUUUGCCUGCUUCUCAGUCUGUACAGUGCAGCCUCCUCCCUCAGCUGCAGAUGGAUGGAUCACAAAUUCAGUCAGCACAGUGAAAAGUCUUUGGAGCUACUAGACAGGAUGGAGAACAAUUCAACUAACACCACUGGGGAUGCUGAAGUGAAGAGCACUGCAGCCUUCCCUUAUGAUCUGUACAGCCAGGCGUCCAAAGCAUCAGCUGAGGAGAAACUUGGCUUCACAGUUCAGAUUCUGGAGGAGGCGGCUGCUCUGUUUGAGGAGGAUCACAGCUCUGCAUCAUGGGAGGAGAGGACACUGGAGGACUUUCUCAAUGUUGUAACCCAGCAGGCUGACGGCCUUCGCUCCUGUAUUGGGAGCCACGGCCACAAAAAGAAGAACAAGAAGCUGCACAUGUAUUUCAAGAGACUCUCACGCCACGUCCUAGAGCAAAUGGGCCACGGUGCUGAAGCCUGGGAGCUGGUCAGGAAGGAAAUUAGAGACCAUCUGACGAGAGCCGACCUGCUGGUUUCAUCUCUACUCACCACCAACUAAAAUCUGUCAGAUUAACGUGUUCAUUUAUUUGCUUACACAAAGCUUAUUUAUUUAUCAAUUCAUUUAUUUAUUUAUGAAGCAGUUUAUUAGUUGAUUGGUUGAUAUUCUACAGAACUUCUUUAUAUUGUUUUCAGAUUAAGAAUGUGUGAAGUUAUUUGCUUACAUG